AUGCAAAUGGAGCAGCCCACGCAUCCGUACUACCCGCUUGGUGUCUCCAUUCCCAAUUACAUACCAAAUGACAGUCCGCUCAUUCACUCUCUUCCAGCCUUUGGGGCUCUCCUUGGCGCUGUGAUCGUUUCGGCGCUCCUUCUUACCGGCUCCCGGCGCCAUGUCCGGCCCAUUAACCGGUUUGCGGCCUCGUGGUUUGCUCUGUGUGGUUUCUUACAUGUUGCUUUUGAAGGAUACUACAUCUACCACCGUAAAGAAAUCUCUGGCAUGGAUACUCUCUUCGCGCAGCUUUGGAAAGAAUAUGCCCUUUCCGACUCCCGCUACCUCACUUCCGACGUCUUCACCGUCUGCGUAGAAACCAUCACCACUUUCGUCUGGGGCCCUCUGAGCCUCCUCACAGUCCUCUGCAUCUGCACCAACCAUCCCUCAAGGCACCUCUUCCAAAUCAUCGUCUGCGUCGCCCACCUCUACGGAGUGGCCCUCUACUACGCCACCAACUGGGCUGAGCAGCGCUUCCACGGCGUGUCAUACUCCCGGCCUGAGUUUCUCUAUUUCUGGGUGUAUUACGUCGGCUUCAAUGCCCCAUGGGCCAUUGUCCCUUUCUGUGAGUCGAUUCAGCGGAAGCCUUCCGUAGCCUUUUACAUGCACUUCUAUUGGCCGACAGCUAUAGCCGGAUAG